AUGCCAAUGGUCACCGAGCCGGCCCAAACCAAAUUGACGGAAACGCCGCUCGAACCCAUCGGUCCAUUGGAUACAAAAGCCGUGCAACCUCUUCCUAAAAUGAGCGAAGGUUGUCGUGUACCUGUUUAUAUGGAUAUUCAAAAGACUUUCGUACCAGCUGAAAUAGUUAGUAUACGUGAACUUGAUGGCGUUUAUGAAUUUUAUAUUCAUUAUGUCAAUUUUAAUCGACGUCUUGAUGAAUGGGUUACUGUUGAUAAAAUGAAUUUAAAAGAAUUAGCUCCUCCUGCAUCAUCAAGUUCAUCCUCAUCAACUUCAAAUAAUACUUCUCAAGAAAUACCUAUCACAACUCAACCACGAACAGUUCCACCAAGUACAACAACAACAACAACAAAAAAUACUAGUGCAUCGAGUGAAAUACCAUCUGGAAAUACAACAACAUUUUUUCUUUCUGAUGAUGCUGAUUCAUUAAAUAGUGAUUUAUCACGUGCAGCCACUCUUCCAUCAUUAACAAAUUUUUCGGCAGCAACAUCAGCAACAAUAGCACCAACAAAAGCACGAGGAAAUGGAAAUACUCAUCAAAGUGGUGUACAUUCAGUUACAAAAGUGAAAAAUAUUAAUUUAAUACAUCUUGGAAGAUAUUUUAUUAAACCAUGGUAUUUUUCACCUUAUCCAGAGGAAUUUACAACAUGUCCAGUUGUUUACAUAUGCGAAUUCUGUCUAAAAUAUUGUAAAGAUCUUGAUGCACUUAAACGACAUCGAACAAAAUGUACUUUAAUUCAUCCACCUGGUAAUGAAAUUUAUCGUAAUGGUACAAUAUCAUUUUUUGAAAUUGAUGGACGAAAAAAUAAAUCUUAUGCACAUAAUAUGUGUUUGUUAGCAAAAUUAUUUCUUGAUCAUAAAACAUUAUAUUAUGAUACAGAUCCAUUUAUGUUUUACAUAUUAACAGAAUUUGAUGCACAAGGUUUUCAUAUAGUUGGUUAUUUUUCAAAAGAUAAAGAAUCAAGUGAAGAUUAUAAUUUAUCAUGUAUUUUAACUUUACCACCUUAUCAAAAAAAAGGCUAUGGACAUUUUAUGAUUGAAUUUAGUUAUACUCUUUCAAAACUUGAAGGUAAAAUUGGUACACCUGAAAAACCAUUAUCUGAUUUAGGUUUAUUAUCUUAUCGUCGAUAUUGGUCUGAAGCAAUAUUACAAGCAUUAUUAAAACAUAAACCAAAAGAUGGUGAAACAGAAUAUCCAUCACUUUCUAUAAAUGAUUUAAGUGAAAUAACAGCUAUUAAAAAAGAAGAUGUUUUAGCUGCUCUUCAAAAUUUAAAUAUAAUACGUUAUCAACAAGGUUCAUAUGUACUAUCAAUAACAAAAGAUUUAUUUGAUAAUUAUCAAGAUAAACGACGUUUACGUGUUGAUACAAAAAGUUUAUUUUGGACACCAAAAAUAACAACUAAACCAAUAAAUCAAUUUCAAACAAAAUAA